UUUGCCGCACCAGUGUCCUGCGCUGCGCAGCCAGAUCAUGACAUGGCCGACCAGGCCAUUGGUGGACUUCGCAGCUGCUGCGGUGACUUUGACCACGGCCCUUUGGCUGUUGCGCUACCGCAGACGCAACGUGCUUCAAGAGCAAGCCGAGGCACCCAAGCAGGAGGCGCCUCUCUACGUGCCAGCCCCUCCGGAUCCUGAACCCGAGCCGACGGUGGACUUUGACGCCCAGCUGCGGAAGGAGUCGGGGCUUUUGCUGGCAGCUUCGGAAACAGUGCAGAUGGUCCUGCAAACCGGCGCCUUCAAGUCUUUGCCCCACGUCCACGUGGCGGAGAAGCAACUUCAAGCAAUCUCGGCCAAGUUGGAGGAGGUCUCCGACCUGCUGAGCCCGCACAACAUGUUUUGGAGAUAUGGCCGCGACCAGCCCAUGCAGCAGCUGUUAGACACUCCGCUGUUGCAGCUGGCAGCCGCGGAAGGUGUCAUGGUCCCGGUGACCUUGGGCCACAUCUCACAGCCCGGGGAUCUGCUGGUCGCGCGCUUCCUGGUGUCCGGCACUGACGCGAGCAAGAGCCGGUACCGGGAAUUUGCCAGUGGUAUCCUGGACGCUUUACAGCGGGAUCGCUUGAUGAUGCGCUUGGAGUGGAUCUUCCACUCCAUGUGGGACUUGCCGCUCACCUGGGGCGAUGGCAUCGAUGAUUUCGGCUUCGGCGCGCAUGGCUCCACCUGGGGGGUGUCCAUCAAGCCCGCCUAUGGCUGAGGGAGGUCCCAACGCUGCGGGCCGAUUUGCGCCUCCCGUGUUUGUUUUGGUUGGUUGG